UGUGGCUGAGCCUUGGCCUGUGAGGCACUAUGAGUGGAGAAGAAGAUCCUGAACAGAUGCGCCGAUGCAUCCCAGAGAUCUUGGAUCUCGUCUUCCGUCUGAGCGAUGGGGCAUGGAAUACGUUGAUGUACGUAUCGCAUGAGGUGUCUCCGCUGCAGUUAGUAGCGCUCAGCACUAACGCCGUGGUCUCUGCAGCAAGGUCUGUCCUGCAGAGAUGCAUGCAGACUCUGAUUGGAGCAGCUGGGGCAGAAACAGCGCUCCUGGACAAAGAGAAGCUGAUUGAAAGAGCUGAGUCUGAGUCUGUGAGUCUGUCUGGCCUGUCUACCAGCACUGACUCCACCGGACCUUCGUCCUCAACCUCAGCUGAACGAUCUUCUGUGGACCAGUCAGACUGUAUAUGUGACAGUGUUGAGGAUUUCUUAAGGGAGGUGAUGGAAAAGUCCAUCUGCAAGUUCACCUCCUCAAAAACAUCUCCACUGCCUGGGAACUGGAAGACAACCAACAGUCUUCUAGCUAAAGAGAGACAUAUUCUGGAGGAACUGAAAGACAGAGCUGACCAUUCAUCACAGACUCCAGAGUCUUUGGCGGUCCAACCCAUCCGCAGUGCUACAUUGAGGGAAACAACAGCCAACCAUGUUUCCCAAAGAGGUGAUCUCACCAUCAUCUGCACUAGAGAUGUCAGUGGUGGGAUCAGACGUCUUCACUAUCCAACAGCUUCCCGUGCCGUCUGGAACAUUCCGGCACUGAACGCUGGGAGUGCCAUGUUGAUCCGGUCACCACGCUGGACAGUGUCUCAAAUUUUCCAGCUUCACUUCGACUCCUGUACGGAUACAGUUACCAUGAGAGUUGUGGAGAUUCACAAAAGUGAGCUGCUUCUGCCCAGCUCCUCUAAAGUGUCUCUCCUCAUCUCUAUAUUCCUUCAAACUCUGCCUACAGUCGAAGUCACGACAGUUAAGCCUCAGAGCUUCAUUACUGAGGCUGGUCAGGCAUCAAGUGGAGCCACUGGCCAUGAGGAGGGCAUCGUUUUUGAGGAGCUUGAUUCUGCAGAAUCCUCAGAUGAAACUGCCCCAUCAGCUUCACUGAUGGCUCUUGACCAAGAUGUGCAAAGAGCAAGUACAAGUGUUGAAGCCCAGGAGAAAACCUCAACCAUGGCUUUGAGUCUGACAUGCAGAACCUCUGGGGAGAUGGAGGAUCCUCUGGCAUUGCUCGUAAAUUCUGAGCAAGCCGAAUCUGAGAGGAUCAAUGAUGUCUCUGUAUGUGACGUCACGUCUCCUGAGGUUGUGAGAAAGAGGAGCCGUGGAUGUCAUUUCUUUGCGGGCAGAAAAGCUUUUAUCAGCUUUGGACAAAAGAGAGAAUCGACGGUGGCGCCCUUCAAGAAGACGAGGAAGCGUCUGUCACGAAUGUUCUCAGCUGUCUGCAAAGCCCUGCCCAACCCCUUCUCAUGCAUGUCUCCACCAUCUUAAGGCCUGCUUAUCAAGCUGCUUUGGUGACUCUUCCAAUGAGUCCUGUAAUCAUAAUGUACCCAAAAUGCAUUUAUAAUGUACCGUAUGGUCUGCAUAAAAUCGUAUAACACCAGGCAUAAACCUCUAUUAACUUCGACAUAGUUAUAUUUACACACAGGACACUUUAUAA